GAAGACUUUUCAGAAGACUCUUCUGAAGAAUCGUUGGAAUACCCUUAUGAAGACUUUUCAGAAGACUCUUCUGAAGAAUCGUCGGAAUACCCUUAUAAAGACCCUUCUAAAUACUUUUAUCAAGUAUUUUCUAAUUAUGAAAACUCUUAUGAAGAGGAUCUUGAUUUUUAUCAAAUAGAAACAGGCUUAACCGAAGCUGUUCAAACAGGUCUAGGCCAAGUCAACGGUAUUACUGUAGCAAUAGGGGUUAUGGAUUUUAAGUUUAUGGGGGGUAGUAUGGGAUCCGUAGUCGGAGAGAAAAUAACCCGUUUAAUUGAGUACGCUACAGAAAAUUUUUUGCCUCUGAUUAUGUGUCGGCGUCCGGGGGUGCGCGAAUGCAAGAAGGAAGUUUAAGUUUGAUGCAAAUGGCUAAAAUAUCAUCUGCUUUAUACAAUUAUCAAUCGAAGAAAAGAUUAUUUUAUAUAUCAAUCCUUACAUCUCCUACAGCUGGUGGAGUAACAGCGAGUUUCGGUAUGUUAGGGGAUAUUAUCAUUGUUGAACCUAAUGCUUACAUUGCAUUUGCAGGCAAAAGAGUAAUUGAACAAACAUUAAAUCAAACCAUACCUGACGAGGCACAAGAAGCUGAAUUUUUAUUUGAGAA